CCCCUAACGUUCCAAUGACGCAACUGGCGCAGUACACAAUCGAGCCAACAAUUCACGCGAGCUACCUCAUCAAUACACAAGGAAUGGUUAAUCGGCCUUCAAAUCUUCAAACUCCGCCAAUAGAAACUUCUGCCUUAAAUGAGCAGUAUUCUGCAGCUUCAUCAUUAGGUCGUAUAAAAACAUCCGCAUUUACUUCUGUAUUGCAACAACAACUGUCUUAUGAUGGUACCGCGCCCCGUACCUUGUCAACAGGUGUACCAGUGAACUCCCAGUUCUAUUAUGGAUGACGAAAUUCCUAGGGUAGUGUAUAACUUAAGGCUCUUUCGGAUGAUAACUCUCAACUCAAAGUCGAAGCCAUCACAACUCUUACUGCCCACCUUUCGUAUAAUGUGCCGAAAGUGCAGCAAGAAUGCUUUAAUGAGAGCUACAAUGAAAAUGACAAUCCAAAUGACAGCCAGAACGUUAAAACUUCAAUAAAAGUUCAGAAUGGUUUGCUGCCGACUAAGCCAUUGGAAAGCCAAAUAACAGCAAAAGCCGAAAAAUCAGACAGAAUGCAUUGCCUUUGAAUGCAUUAAUGUUAGUUGUGGAUAAAUGAAUUAUUUAUAAGUAUUAAGUUACUGACAAUGAAAUAUAAUUCCUCAUAAUACUAAUUUUGCACUGCAAAAACAUUGAGCUGCGGCGCUUUUUAAUUUUUCUUUAGGUUUAGCCUAAUUUAUAACAGCAACAAUACUGAACAGAAAUAAUUAACAUGAAAGGCCCUACACCGUGGAUCGAAACCAAGUUCAACCCAAAGGUCUUGUUACUGAAAAUCUUCUUGUGAAUUUCUUCUCUACUAUGUUUUCUAAGUAAUUUAAGAUGGAAUAGAAAAAAAUCCUGACACGGAUUUUUAAGAAAAUCGAGUUUUUGUGUUUUUUAUGCUGAAAACAUUGUUGCUCAACAGUAAGUUCAAAGCCUUUGCACUUAAA